AUGGUGUCCAUCGACGAGGCCGAGCGGUCCCUGACCAGGAAGCGACCCCACGAUACCGCCAGCAUCUCUGGCAGCUCAACGUCGAGCGACGGCUCUGCCCACAAGAAGAAGCGCAAGGAGAAGCGAAACGGCGCCAAGAACACCAAUGGGGUUUCCCCGGCGCGCUCCAAGGCUUUCGACAAGAGGCGCAAUAGCCUGGGCGCCGCCGCCAGAGACCCCCGCGACGAGCCCGUCGUCACGGUCAAGUCCAAGAAGAAGGCCAAGGCCACGACACAGAGCGAUGCGGAAUCAGAGACCACCCCGAGUUCAGUCGUGGACUUUGACGGGCUCAGCCGGCCGAGCAUUGGAACCCUCCAGCGCCGCGAGGAGAGCCCAGAACAAGCCAAGAAGCGUCUUGAGAAGAUGCGCGGCGCCGUCCGUACUUUACUCGAAUGCGUCGGCGAGGAUGCGGACCGUGAGGGGUUACUCGACACCCCGGAGCGCUACGCAAAGGCCCUCCUAUUCCUCACCAAGGGCUACCAGGAGAGCAUGGAGGAUCUUGUGAAUGGCGCGCUUUUCCACGAGGGCCACAACGAACUCAUUGUAGUCAAAAACAUUGAGAUCCACUCGCUAUGCGAACACCACCUCGUUCCAUUCAUUGGCAAGAUGCACAUUGGAUACAUCCCAUCCCAGACUGUCAUUGGCCUCUCCAAGCUGCCUCGCAUUGCUGAAAUGUUUGCCCGCCGCCUACAAAUCCAAGAGCGUCUCACCAAAGAGGUCGCUCACGCCAUCAUGGAGAUCUUGAAACCUCAGGGCGUCGCAGUUGUCAUGGAAUCAUCUCACCUCUGCAUGGUCAUGCGCGGCGUUGAGAAGACCUCAUCAACAACCAUCACGAGCUGCGUCUUGGGCUGUUUCGAGCGCAAGUCGAAGACGCGGAAUGAAUUUCUCAGCCUCGUCGGUGUGAACCGAUAG